AUGAAGUUCUUGCAAUAUUGCCAACAUCCCUGUAUUGUGAAAAUCCUGGAUAUAAUAUCUCCACGAAUUACCGCGCCAAGCGAUGACAAUCACUUAUAUCCGUUAGCGAUCGUGAUGGAAUACGUGGACCACGAUCUCCUCGGUCUUUUAAAAUCAGCGCGGGUGGGCUACACAGAGUGGUUAUCCGUCUCCUCUGUGAAAUGGAUCAUGUUCCAGCUUUUUUCUGUGUUAAACUAUUUACACACAAGCCACAUCAUCCACCGCGAUCUCAAAUCAGCAAACAUCCUCAUUACCCGUACCGGCGACCUCAAACUCGCCGACUUCGGCCUCUCUCGCUUCAUCAACAAUCCCAUGAUCACCAACUACACCUCCCGCGUCAUUACUCUCUGGUAUCGUCCCCCCGAGCUCCUUCUCGGCGUUUCCCAGUACGGUCCCGAAGUGGACAUCUGGUCGGCGGGAUGCAUCUUCGUCGAGCUUCUCACCGGCAUGGUUCUCUUCGCCGCGCACGAGCACACCGAGCUCUGCGAACUGGAGCUCAUCUUCCAGCGCUGCGGAUACCCCGACGAUCCGGCUCUGCUUCAUCUCAUGAGGUCCGUGCAUCAAAUCCGCAUUCCGUAUAGAAAGAACAAUAUUCGCUUCCAGCGCCGGUUUCCACGGUCCAUCCCCGCGGUUCUCCGCGAUUUCUGCCGCGCCACGAAGUGCCGCGAUUUUCGCGAAAUCCCCGCGGAAGCGCUGGACCUCAUCGACUCGAUCCUGCAGACCUCCCCGCGGAAACGCUGGACGGCGGAGCAAAUCCUGCGCCAUCCGUUUUUCGCGGAGAUGGGCGCGCUCUCCUUCGCCUUUCCCGCGCUCCGCCACGGCGGUUUCCACGAUUUGGAGGUCAAGACCAUGGUCGUCGAGGGAUUGGUUUCUCCUUUUUCCCCGCGGGUGACGCGUAGGCUCCCGACGUGCACCGACGAACCGUCGUCAAAACCGCGGGGGACGUACAGGCCCUGCGACGCUUCGCGGAAACGCCCAGGAACUCGGCAAUGCCCAUCGUCGCUCCCCGCGGAAAUUCCUGAGGAACCGGUUGCGGAGAUUCCCGCGGGGAAGGGCGAAGAAAAAGAGGCGGGGAAAAACGCGCGAAGAUUGGCGGGAUCGGAUGAAACGCCCAAUCCAGUGAAUGAAACGCCGCCGAUCGAAGCAAAAGAAAAAAAAGAAGAAAAAGAAAAAGAAGAAAAAGAAGAAGAAAAAGAAAAGGAAGAAAAAAAGGAAGAAAAAGAAGUAAAAGAAAAGUUGGAGGAUGGUAACAAUAAAACCCAGAGAGAAAACGAAAACGAAAACGAAAACGAAAACGAAAACGAAAACGAAAACGAAAACGAAAACGAAAACGAAUCGGAACCUUCGUUGAGACGAGGAAAACCUUUGGGGAUGAAGAAGAAGGCGAUGUGGCAUGUGAUGAUGGCGCGAAAGCGGCGCGAAGCCGAAGAAUCGGAAUAUGAACUGCGCGAAGAAGAGGAAAACAACGAGGACUUGAUUCUGAACGAAGACUUCAUUGAGACAGAAAACGAAAUGACGUUCUUAAACGAGAGUUCUGAGGAAAGAUCGAAGCGGAGAGAAAGGAAACAUACUGGGAUUGUAGUCGUAGUUGAUGAUGAUGAUGAUGAUGAUGAUGAUGAUGAUGGGAGUGUUCAAAUUCUUGAUCGUGAACCGAGAAGAUCUAGGAGGAGACGAAAAACGAGAUCAAUCAAGAUGGAUGAACAGGAUGAAGAUGAUUAUGUUGAGCCGGCUCCAAAACGCGCGAGAACGCGCAGUAAGCCAAGCUCCAGAGCAAACACACGGAAAGGAACGAAGGCACCAAGCACAAGAAAAGCGCAAAGUCGAUCCGAUUUAGAGUCUAACUGCACAAACACGUUUGGCACUUCCACAACACAGCAUGAUGAACUCGCUUCAAACGAAGUGACAGUAACAAUAGGUGAUAACACUACGGAUGCGACAGAGGUGAAAGAUACAGAAAACAACACGAGUUCACUCACAAACAAUGAUGUGGGAACCAAGCCAAAGAGAAGGGUGGGUCAAAGCAGGAUAAACGAUGGGGAAAAGUGGCUGGAGUACUUAACACGAUUAGAUGAGGAAAAGGAAAGAAAGCAGCGAGAAAGCGAAUUGGAGUAUAUUCGAAAGAGUAAACUACGCCAAGAACGCUAUAGGGAGCAGCAGCUGAAAUAUUCAAAGUCGAAUUCAAAGGCAAGGACACAGUAAUGUUUUUCUGAUUGCAGAACUCAUAUGUGUGCAUAAUGAGUUAGGUUUGAUAUGAAUCUUUUUAAAAGUUUCAAUUUUGGUAAUACUAUUAUGAUAUUC